ACUUGAAGCUUUGACUUGCUUAAAUGAUUCGUUUUCCAGAACUGCGAGGCAGGAGGUUUGUUCAAUCACCCCGAUUCAAACCUCUUGGAGUUGUUUACAUUAUGCCAGUGAAAACGUUCCCAGCUCCUUCCACGCUUGAGCGCUUGGGAGAGGCAGCAGUUACCUGGGACAACUCAGCGCACAGGACCCGCCUUCCAGGGAGAAACACCCCUGGAGACCACGUGACUCGACAUCUGCUGGAGCAUCUCCGAGACAGCAGGCAACACUCAGCACUGUUUAACUGAGAGAGAAAGAAAGAAAGAGAAUGGGUGGAGAGAGAGAGAGUGAGAGUGUGCGCGCUCGGGUGAUCAGUGGUAGUACUGCCUGGUGUAAGAUAAGGAAGGAGCUCUAGACCACAGACAACCUGAGAUACAAACACAGUAUCUCAUCUGUGUAUAUAAUACUCUGUUACAGCUGGAUCUAUCAUUGAUGAACUUUUGUUUCACUACUACCCGUCUCCAUGCCCCCAGCCGAAGCUCGGUUCGGGGUGCCCCAGUGCGCGUGUUUCCUUUGAAGACUAUGUUCCCAGCCGCUGUUAGAAAGCGGAGGAGUGUGUGUCUCGGCUCGGCUCCCUUCUGCAGGGGCUAGACUGAGCGCCAGUACCACCUCUCGCUGUCUGCCCGACUUCGGUUCCGCAACUUUGGGGUACCAGGCUAAGGGAGCCCCGGCGACUCGCAAGAGAAUGCCGGUCAGGAAGGGACUGCUGGCCCCUCAGAACACUUUCCUGGACACCAUCGCCACCCGCUUUGAUGGCACCCAUAGUAACUUCGUGCUGGGCAAUGCGCAGGUCCAGUCUCUCUACCCCAUCGUGUAUUGCUCGGACGGGUUCUGCGAGCUGACUGGCUAUGCAAGGGCGGAGCUCAUGCAGAAGUGCUGCGCAUGUCACUUCCUGUACGGGGCCGAGACCAGUGACAAGCUGAUCGCACAGAUCCAGAACGCACUAGAUGAGCGCCGAGAGUUCAAGACGGAACUGGUGUUCUACAAGAAGACGGGUACCCAGUUCUGGUGCUUGCUGGACAUCGUACCAAUUAAGAAUGAGAAGAGCGAGGUGGUCCUGUUCCUGGCCUCUCACAAGGACAUCACCGAUACCAAGAAACGCCUGGCAACUGGGAACAGCUGUGACACUGGUGACGAGGAGGGUCAGGAGGUGUACAGAGACACGCGCCCCCCCGGGUUCAACACCAACCGCCGGCGCAGCCGAGCCGUUCUGUACCACCUGUCAGGACACCUACAGAAACAGGAGAAGGGCAAGCUCAAGCUCAACAAUAAUGUGUUUGGAGAGAAGCCCCCUGUCCCAGAGUACAAGGUUGCAGCCAUUCAGAAGUCGCGCUUCAUCCUGCUGCACUACGGCACCUUCAAGGCGGGCUGGGAUUGGCUGAUCCUGCUGGCCACCUUUUACGUGGCAGUGACCGUGCCCUUUAACGUGUGCAUCAGCGUGGUGGGGGGGCGGGAUGACUGGAGCUCCGCCUCUCGCAGCCCCCCCAGCGUCAGCGACAUCCUGGUGGAGAUCCUGUUCAUGCUGGAUAUCCUGCUGAACUUCCGGACAACCUACGUGAGCAAGUCAGGCCAGGUGGUGUAUGACCCACGCUCCAUCUGCGUUCACUAUGCCACCACCUGGCUCUUCGUGGACCUGAUCGCAGCGCUGCCCUUCGACCUGCUCUACGCCUUCAACGUCAGCGUGUAUUUUGGGGUUCACCUCUUGAAGACAGUGCGUUUGCUGCGUCUCCUGCGUCUCCUGCAGAAGCUGGAGCGGUACUCUCAGUACAGCUCCGUGGUGCUCACUCUGCUCAUGCUCAUGUUCGCGCUGCUUGCUCACUGGAUGGCCUGCAUCUGGUUCUUCAUCGGACAGAAAGAGCUUGACCUGCACGACCCGGGCACAUGGGACAUCGGCUGGCUCCACGAGCUGGGAAAGCGCUUGGGUUCCCCUUACGUCCUGGCCCCGCUUCUCAGAGCUCCUGAUUCAGGGAAUGUGACGGUGCUGGGAGGAGCCCCGCAAAACUCCAGCCAAUGGAACGUGUCGGGGGCGGAGCUGCUGGGUGGGGCCUCCCUGAACUCCAGCCAAGGGAGUGAGUCUGCUGCAGAGCUGACAGGAGGGCCCUCUGUUCGCAGCUCCUACGUGACAUCACUGUACUUCGCUCUGAGCAGCCUGACCAGCGUGGGCUUCGGGAACGUGUCUGCAAACACAGACGCAGAGAAGAUCUUCUCAAUCUGCACCAUGCUCAUCGGAGCUCUGAUGCACGCGGUGGUGUUUGGUAAUGUGACGGCGAUUAUCCAGCGCAUGUACUCGCGCCGCUCACUCUACCACACGCGCACCAAGGACCUGAAGGACUUCAUCCGCGUGCACCGCAUCCCCAAGCAGCUGAAGCAGCGCAUGCUGGAGUGCUUCCAGACCACCUGGUCCGUCAACAACGGCAUCGACGUCAACGAGCUGCUGAAGGAUUUCCCGGACGAGCUCCGCGCUGACAUCGCCAUGCACCUGAACAAGGAGGUCCUGCAGCUGCCCCUGUUCGAGUCUGCGAGCCACGGCUGCCUGCGCUCCCUGUCUCUCAUCAUCAAGACCUCGUUCUGCGCGCCGGGGGAGUUCCUGAUCCGCCAGGGCGACGCGCUGCAGGCCAUCUACUUCGUGUGCUCGGGGUCCAUGGAGGUGCUCAAGGACAACACUGUGCUCGCCAUCCUGGGGAAGGGAGAUCUCAUUGGCUCUGACUUCCUGACGAAGGAGCAGGUGAUCAAGACGAACGCCAAUGUGAAGGCGCUGACCUACUGUGACCUGCAGUACCUCAACCUGAAGGGCCUGCGUGAGGUGCUGCGGCUCUACCCAGAAUACGCCCAGAAAUUCAUAGCAGAGAUACACCACGACCUGACCUACAACCUGAGAGAGGGCAGCAACACAGACGUGGAGAGUGAGGUGAACGGGGGUCUUGUGAAGAAGCUGCCCUCUAUCCUGGAGGAUGAGGAGUGUGAGGAUGAUGAGCGCUCCCCUCUCUCCCGCCCCCCUCGCUCUCCUCUCAGACUGAGCCGGGUGCUCCACUCCCCCCUGCUGCCCCCCCGCCCCUUCCGCAUGCCCCCCGAGAGCAACAAGCCCUCCAAGCUGCAGAUCCCAGCCGUCAGCUUCAGCGCCCCACCAGAGCUCAGCCCCAGGUUUGUCGACGGCAUUGAGACUAACAGCAAUGUUGCUUUUGGGCAGAAAUUCGAGUUCAACUCAAACAUGAUGCUGGGCAGCAACUCCAGCCCCCCGACCCCUACCCCAGGAAACAGUGACGAGAGCAGACAGAGCAUCAACAAGCUGAACCAGGAGAUCUGUGGUCUCUCCCAGCAGGUGACCCAGCUCAGCCGUGACCUACAGGAAAUGAUGCAGCUGCUGAAGCCCCACCUCCUGACCCCCAGCCCCCCCUACAGCAGCUCCCUGCCCGCUCCCUGCCUCUACCCCAACAGAGUGCAACCUGGCCCCUGGUCAACCACUGCCUCUCGCCUGGUCUCUGGAGGGGCCGAACACAGCAUCCACACCUCCCUGUCUCUGGACUCUUUCCUGCCUCCUCUCGGACAGGGGCCCCCCACUCACCCCUCCACAGACUCUCUUAGGAUCCAGGCAGGGGACCUCCUGGGGGGGCUGCUCCUCCCCCCGCCACCCAGAGGGGGCAGCACCGAGGAGGCCAGCCCCCUGGAACUGUUCCAGAGGGGGGCGCAGAGGCCGGGGCAAACCCAGAUUGACUGCAUCCAGUUCAUUGAUGAUGAGGGGACCACUCUGUGAAGACUAGAGACAAGACUAAAGAGAGACCUCACUCCUGCAGACAGACAGAUACAUUGAAGGUGCUGCUGCUGUUUCUGCCAGCGCUGCCCUCCACAUUCUCAUCUCCAGUUCCUUCACUUUUUUUGCCUCCAAUGCAGGACAGCUCACAGACAGGCUGAUAGACAGGCAGUCAGUCAGACAGACAGACAUGCAGCCUCACAACCAGAGGGGUUCAGGGGGUUUUGAAUUAGAGCACCCCCUCCAAACCUCUCCCUUUGAACACCUCCAAAUAAAAAUGGAUUAAAACAAAACCACGAGUGGGAGACUCCAGUGCAAUGCAGUAGUGAACACGCGUCGCUGGCACUAUCAUCACGACUACUCUAGUGUUGCCCAUCAGCUUGAAAUCCAAGCCUCUUGUUCGUGAAGCUUGCCAUACCAGCCCUGGUGGAAAGGUGUGACAGCUGCAGUCUCUGGGCCCUGGUUGUCAGUGCAGUGGAGUCACUCUGAAGGAAGCAGGGGGCCAGUGCCCUCCUCUCCCUUUGCUUCUGACACAAAGGGUGGGAAGCUUCUGAAUUUUGCUUAUUAAUAGGGGAGAGGUGGUGAUUGUUUUUUUUUAUUAUUUCUUUUUUAUUCAUUCACUCAUCUGUAUUUAUCUUAUUUAUUUGCAUGAAGUGAGAUGAUGAAAUGGAUUUGUGAAGGGGCCGUGGGAACAGUGCAGCACUAACACACUCCUACACGCACACAAACACACCAUCACAGCCAGUGAUCGUGCAGAAUCGCUGCCAACCCUGCAUUGCCGCGGCCAGUGGAACACUGGCAGGAUGAGAGAGAGAUUUUAUUUUUCUACCUUUGUUACUUAAACAAAAAAGCUUUAUUAUUAAUGUAUGUAUUUGUUCUAUGUUUUGCCUCGUCGUUGUUGGAGCAUGACUGGAGUCCGGAUCUGUCUUUCUGUGUUUUUAAUGCCUGCUGCUGAGCCCCGUGGCAGCUGUGGUGGCCCCUUCAGGAGAGCAUCUGGUCAGCAGGAGCUGAGGAAGGUUUCUGUACUGAAUCCCCUUGGAAGUUGGGCUCAAACUGGUUUAAUAGUGAUCCUCAAAGCAAUCCACCCCCUGCACUUCACUGCUGGGAGUGUGUUCCGUUCCGCUUGUGCUGUAGGAAAACUGAGCAGCAGGACUCCUGUCCCUGAGGUCCUACUUUUGAUCAGGCAAUGAAAGUUCCUAAAAGUUUCAAACCUAGCAAAAAUAAAUAAAUAAAUAACAUAAAACAGGAUGCAGCCAUUUCAAUGGGCUGCAGUGUUACACAUUGAUUUAACUCUCCCCCUCCAGUUUUAUACCACUUGCUUUUUUUCUCAUUGCAGGAAUAAAAUCAGGUCAAACCAAAUAAAAGUUGACCCCAUCAUCUUAUCAGAAACAUGCACUUCUUGUUCCAUUUGUGUGCCAGAGAUAAAGUUUCAGCUACCCAGCCGUUCGUGCCUUCACUGUGACGUAUCGAAGGUGUUCAGCCCUUUUUAUUGAACAACGGUUCUUUUUACUUUAUGCCAAAAAAUGAGUUGCAGUGCGUGUGUUUCACUGUGUUCUGGGCAAUUGAUUUACUUUAUGCAAUCAUAUUCACUGUCAUAUCGUCCCCCGCGUUUGCUUUACUGUGAAGAGCCACUCCUGAAAUGUGCUUGUUUAAAAGAUAACAGAUCCCACUGUCCCCUCUAAAUGCACCAGCAGUGGAUGCAGAGGGUGCUCGCAGAGUCCUAUCUUCACCAGGCUGGCGUGACUGCAUGUGUUCGAACCUUCCUGAGGGUUGCAGAUCAAGAUGCUGGCUGCUGUGACCUUCCUUCUGAUUAAAAUGAAGCAGCUUACUUCAGGUGAAAAGACCAGUGUAAGUGGUCCAGUGUAAGUGGUGGCCCUUUCGAUGGUGAUGGUGUAAAGUUCUAAUGCACAAUUUGUCUUUGUCUCAAAUGGCUGGUUUCACAGACUAUAAAUAGCACUAAUCUUGGACUACCUCACUAAGUAACUGGGUAUUCCUGGAUUUGCGCUAAUCGAGAUCUGUGAAACCAUACAAGACUGAUUACCUGAUCAAACAGUAAUUAGCAAAUUGAAGCACCACCCACCGUUGAAAAUCAGGUGCUUCACAAGAAAGCUCGUAACAAAUUCAGAUUCGGGCACAGCCUUAGUCUGCUAUUGUAACUGUUCCAGCUGUCCACUCAUAUACUCAUUAGGGCUGCUACGAUUAAAUCGAAAAUUGAUUUUUCAACCGAUUCCAUUCCUCAUUAUAUACAGACAUAAAUACUGGACAAUCGAUUCAAUAAUUACAUUUCUGUAAUGCGCAUAGUUAAUAACAUUAUCUAAGUUGAUCAAUGAAACUGCACUGAACGCCCUACCUUGCUAUACAGUAUUUCUGCCAAAGACAAGCAGCGGGCGUCUUUUCCUGCUUAGGUGUUAACUAGCAUCUGAUUUGCUGCUCUCUGUCUCCUGAUUGAUGACCACAUCUAGUCGAUGUGAGUACAGCUAGUAACACAUGUUCAUGCCGGUACUCAUCCAGUACCACGCGCAAAGCUAUAUUACAGUUAACUACCCCUCGCAUUCCACUGUAGUGCACAAGCUUUUACUGAACAGCAAUAUUAAAAUAAUCACGUCUGUGGGCGGUACAGUCAUCGAUAUUUUUUCAAACUAUAUUUUCUGUGCCCAGUUAAUCAAUUGCUAUCUGGAAUACUGUUUCAAAAAGGAAGAAUGUAAUCUGGAAUAGGAAGACAAUACAAUUUCUACAAAAAAGUAACUGCCCAAUCAAUGAAUAACACUGCAACUCUGCACAAACCAUCUAGUGUCUGGUUAACAGCCCCUGAAGAGUACUUCUCUUGGACUUCCUACUUUUGCCUUAGGUAAGGUAGUCCAAGCUUAGCUCUUAAUCAGGGUCGAGCAUCUGAAUACCCUUAUGAACAUGGGAGGCAGGAGAAUAUAUGUGAACCCUAACCCAUGGGGAUUGUCACAGGGCAUGAGCUGGGUGCACAGUGCUGCUGGAGUGAACCAGCGUGGGACUUCAAACCUCAACACAAAUCCCAAUCAGAGAUGACACAUAUCCCCACACACCUGUCCCAAUCCCAUAGGGAUCCUGACACCCAUACAUUUCAUGACACCCAGGUCACCCUAGAAUCACAGGACACAGAUCACGUUAUGACUUGUCACGGUCCGAGUCCCAUUACCAGGCCCAGAUCAGCGUAUCGUACCGAUCUCCAUGUGUGUGAUCCACAUUGACUGCACUGCACAAUGUGAGCUCCAAUGUGGGCUCUUCCGAGAACCCUCUGGUGAGCCAUGGUAAUGGAACUUGUGUUCAUACCGACAGCAGAGAAAUCAGGUCCGCAUCGUGGUAGAAUCGCUGGUGCUGCACCGUGACGUCUAACCCUCGUGUGAUUCACAACGAGCAGCUGCACUGGCCUCCUGACCGGACUGCUGGAGCUGCAUGAGGCAUGUGCCUGCUUUUCUGUAAGGGGGGGGGGGGGGGGGAGAUGUAUUUUAUUAAAAAGCAUGUGCCUGCUUUUCUGUGGGGGGGGGGGGUAAAGACAUAUUUUAUUGAAGGGCAUGUGCCUUCUUUUCUGUGGGGAGGGGGGGAGGUAAAG